UAAAGUUUUCAACAGUGCCUCUUCAAGAAGUGUGAUGAGAAAUGGCUUUGGGAAACAACACCCAGAGAAGUUACUCCAUCAUCCCCUGCUUCAUCUUUGUUGAGCUUGUCAUCAUGGCUGGGACUGUUCUGCUUGCCUACUAUUUCGAGUGCACCGAUACUUUUCAGGUGCAUAUCCAAGGUUUCUUCUGUCAGGAUGGCAAUUUGAUGAAACCAUACCCCGGAACGGAGGAUGAGAGCUUCAUUUCACCUCUGGUGCUCUACUGUGUGCUGGCUUCGACUCCGACAGCUAUUAUUUUUAUUGGUGAGAUAUCGAUGUAUUUCAUAAAAUCAACCAGAGAAACCCUAAUUAUCCAAGAGAAAACUAUUUUGACUGGAGAGUGCUGUUACCUGAACCCACUGCUUCGAAGAAUCAUACGUUUUAUAGGAGUGUUUGCAUUUGGACUUUUUGCCACUGACAUAUUUGUAAAUGCUGGCCAGGUUGUGACUGGGAACUUGGCUCCAUACUUCCUGACUGUGUGUAAACCCAACUACACUGGAAAUGACUGUCGGACCCACCACCAGUUCAUCAACAAUGGCAACAUCUGCACUGGGGAUGUAGAGGUGAUUGAAAAGGCCAGGAGAUCCUUUCCAUCCAAACAUGCUGCUUUAAGCAUCUACUCAGCUUUAUACGCCACGAUGUACAUCACAAGCACAAUUAAAACAAAGAGCAGCAGGCUAGCCAAACCUGUGCUGUGUCUGGGCACUCUGUGUGCUGCGUUCCUCACUGGGCUGAAUCGAGUUUCUGAGUACCGAAACCAUUGUUCAGAUGUGAUCGCAGGCUUCAUCCUGGGAAGUGCAGUCGCCUUGUUUCUGGGGAUAUGUGUUGUCCAUAACUUUAAGGGCACCCAUGGAGCUCCUUCUAAACCGAAGCCUGAAGACCCACGAGGAAUGCCGUUAAUGGCUUUUCCAAGAGUUGAAAGUCCUCUGGAGACACUGAGUGCACAGAAUCACUCUGCCUCUAUGACUGAAGUGACUUGAGAUGGAAGAUUGGCAGCAGAAGCUAUUUUUUAUUACCCUCCAGUACAAUACUUCAAGACACACAGUUACUAAGUGUCAGACUGUGAUGAUCAGUAUUAUGUUAUGUCUAGUUAGAAGCUAAUGUUUUGUACAUUUUUUUGUAUGAGGAAGUGAUGUAGCUUGCCCUGAUUUUUUGUCAGCUUUAAUAUUAUUAUGCCAGAAUUUAAAAUCAAAAUAGAAAAAAAAAAAAAAAAAAUCCAAAACCUUUUCUUGUUUAAAUUGUGCACUGAGGAAUUACAUCUAUAGAAUUGUUGGUGUUGUUAUGUGAUAUUUGUACACGGAUUUUUUUCAUUUUUGAAUUAAUAUAUCUUGAGAAAAAAAAUCACUUUUACCUUUUCUUACCAUAACAAAGUGCUUCAACCAGCGGGUCAGAUUCUGAUCUUGGUAAGCUCUGAAGUAAUUACGUAUAUUUAAUUCAGAUGAAAAUAAUGGUGAUCAGAAAUCUAACCCAAACCAACAAGUAGUAAACAUCCAGCCUUGAUUCAGUGAGCUACUUAAGCAAGCCUUAGCAUCA